ACAAAGCCUUCCUCUCUCUCUCUCUCUCUCCCCCCUCCCAUUUUUGUGGAUACUUUUGAAGGGAGAAGAAAAAAGAAUUGGGGGAAAAAAAAUGGAGGCGAUCGAUUACUUGGCGGAUGAGAGAAAGGCUGCGAGGUUCGACGUUGAGGCAAUGAAGGUGGUUUGGGCAGGAUCAAAGCACAAUCUCGAGGUCGUCGAUCGAAUUUCUCGCCUUGUUGCCAGCGAUCCUGAGUUUUGCAAGGAUACAAGGACAAUGCUUCAUCGAAAGGAGUUGUUCAAGAAUACCUUAAGAAAAGCUGCUCAUGCUUGGAAGCGUAUCAAUGAGCUGCAUCUCUCUGAAGAAGAGGCAUCAAUAUUAAGGCGUUUUGUGGAUGAGCCUUCUUUUGUGGAUUUGCACUGGGGCAUGUUUAUUCCUUCUAUAAGAGGACAAGGUACCGAUGAGCAGCAGAAGAAAUGGUUAUCAAUGGCAUAUAGGAUGCAAAUAAUUGGUUGUUAUGCACAAACUGAACUCGGCCAUGGUUCCAAUGUUCAGGGACUUGAAACAACUGCAACUUUUGAUCCGAAAACUGAUGAAUUUGUCAUUCAUAGCCCUACUUUGACUUCAAGCAAAUGGUGGCCUGGGGGUCUUGGCAAAGUUUCAACACAUGCAGUUGUUUAUGCUCGUCUUAUUACCGAUGGCCAGGAUUAUGGUGUACAUGGUUUCAUAGUUCAGAUACGAAGUUUAGCUGAUCACUUACCUCUUCCUGGAAUCACUGUUGGUGAUAUUGGAGCGAAAUUUGGGAAUGCUGCGUAUAACACUAUGGAUAAUGGUGUUCUAAGAUUUGAUCACGUGCGUGUACCAAGAGAACAAAUGUUGAUGAGGCUCUCAAAGGUGUCUAGGGAAGGAAAGUACUCACAGUCUGAUGUCCCAAGGCAGUUGGUUUAUGGCACAAUGGUUUAUGUUCGUCAAGCGAUCGUAGCUGAUGCUUCCAGAGCUUUGUCCAGAGCUGUUUGUAUUGCUGUAAGGUAUAGUGCUGUUCGCAGACAAUUUGGCUCACAGGAUGGGGGACCUGAGAUCCAGGUUAUUGAUUAUAAAACUCAGCAAAACAGGCUCUUCCCUCUGUUGGCAUCAGCCUAUGCUUUUAGGUUUGUGGGCGAGUGGUUGAAGUGGUUAUAUGCAGAUGUGACGAAAAGAUUACAAGCUAAUGAUUUUUCAACUUUGCCUGAGGCUCAUGCAUGCACUGCUGGUUUGAAAUCUUUGACAACUUCAACAACUGCUGAUGGCAUUGAAGAGUGCAGAAAACUGUGUGGUGGUCAUGGUUAUCUUUGUAGCAGUGGGCUUCCGGAGUUAUUUGCUGUAUAUGUUCCUUCUUGCACUUAUGAAGGAGAUAAUGUUGUUUUGCUUUUGCAGGUGGCAAGAUUUCUUGUAAAGACAGUUUCUCAGCUUGAGUCCACAAAAAAGCCGGUGGGUACCACGGCAUACAUGGGGAGGAUGGAAUACCUGAUGCAAUGUCGUUGUAAUGUUCGCCAAGCUGAGGACUGGUUAAAUCCGUCUGUCAUAUUGGAGGUAUUUGAAGCUAGAGCUGUUCGGCUUGCUCUUAAUUGCGCCCAAAAUAUUGCCAGAGCAUCAAGCCCGGAAGAAGGCUUUUCGGAGCUCUCUGCUGAUUUAGUGGAGGCAGCAGUGGCUCAUUGCCAGUUGAUAAUUGUAUCAAAGUUCAUUGAGAAGGUGAAACAAGACUUUGAUGGACAUGGAGUUAAAGAACAGCUCCAGAUCCUCUGCAACAUUUACGCUCUCUCCGUGCUUCACAAGUAUCUGGGGGAUUUUCUCUCAAUGAGUUGCAUCACUCCCAAGCAAGGCGCCCUCGCAAAUGACCAACUCCGUUCUCUAUAUUCUCAGCUCCGUCCUAAUGCGAUUGCACUUGUUGAUGCAUUCAACUACACCGAUCAUUUCUUGGGUUCAGUUUUGGGGCGUCACGAUGGAAAUGUGUACCCCAAUCUCUACGAGGCAGCAUGGAAAGACCCCCUCAAUGACUCAGUUGUGCCUGAUGGAUACCAUGAGUACAUUCAUCCGUUGCUGAAGCAACAGUUUGGGGUAUCUAGACUAUGAAAAAAAGCUGGUUAGCGUAUAGAAAGAGCAAAAGCCAAUUGUAAUUUCAAAUGUUUCUUGCAGAAUCCGUGACAUUCAUAUAAUCCACGAAGUUGGUUGAUAUUUGUAAGAAUAAUGCAGCCUUCAAUGGGUACGAGGUUGUAGAAGCUAAAUCAUGCUGAUCAUCACACUGUUUGAUUUGUAGGAAUAUAGUAAUUUUCUUUAUGAAUAGGUAUUCAUUGUUGGCAUUGUAUUUGAUAGAGAUUUGUGAUGAACUAGUAUUUUAAAAUACUAGUAUGCCACACGUGUGUUGCACGUGGCAUACAUGGUUUGAGAAA